CGAUACAUCGCACUAUAUGAUUUCGUGCUAUGUUUGGGCGUCGAGGAGUUGGGUAUGCUCUUGUGCACGCGAGUGGGAAUUCAUUCUACCAGUAUCUACAAGAGAACAUUAGCUGGCGGCCAGUACCAGUACCGACAGGCGUAAGCGCCGCUUGAAGUUUCAAAGGCAAUAACUUUCGUCGGGGGCCCUGAGGACGGCUUGUCGGACCUUCCUGGCACGCUGUGCCAGCGGCUGCGAGCUUCCCCGGGCCGGGGUGUUCAGGUGCCGAUGCCCUUCAAAGUUGGUCUGCCAAGCGUCGACAACACAGAAGGCACAGGCUCGCACUGCGGAUCGCGAGAUGACGACAGCUGUUACAGCCCCCGGGGUCUGAAGACGAUUGAGUGGUCAGACGCGGACGUUGUGCGCGACGCCCUGGCGUCGCCGAGUGGCCCGGGGCCACGCGUCGCCCCCUCGCCGUUCCCACCAGCGUCAGAUGCGGAGCCGGGCCGCAGACGCCGCGCCGCCGGCGACCAAUCCUUUGCGGCCGGCGCGAUGCUUCUAGACAAGAACCACAGCGUCACGACGGUGGCAUUAGCUUCCCAGCGGGCUCAAGCAGCCGACGGCGGCAGCGCUGCCUUACAGCCGGCACCGCUCGCUACUGACUACGCGAGCCCUUUCUCCGGGCAGCAGUACUCCCUGCACACGGCAGUCGCAGCUGCAGCUGCAGCUGAGGGCGAGGCGGCGGCGGCCUCUGAGGCUGACCCCGUCUCCGGCUCGCUACUGUCGUCAUACCUUGCCGCGCGGUCCAGCGCCGGCGCCGCGCCCACCAACACCUGCGCCCGCAUGGCGUCACGGUUGCACCGCAUCAGCAUCAACGGCGUGGGGAGCAUCAUCAGCACCGGUGACGGCAUCGUCAUGGGCAGCGGCGGCGGGCGCAGCCGUGCGCGGCCGAGCCUGGCGGGCGCAGCAAGCAUGGACACUGGCGGCGCCGAGCAGGCCGCCCUGGGCCUGAGUCACGCGCUCUCGACAGCGGCGGCGGCAGACCCCGCUGCUGAUGCUGCCCCGCUUGUAGGCAAUAGCCCCAGGCUACGACAGCGGCGCGCGACGGACGGCUACCGGCCGCCGGCGGCUGACGACGCCAGGCCGGCGGCACCGGGCCCCGGAGAUCGGCGACGGCCUCGUGUGUCUGGUGCUGGCAGCCUCGCCGCUAUGUCCCUGGACGCCGGAAUUGUUGCCGUUUCAGCCGCCGCCUCUGCUGGCUGGUCGCCGCCGCCGCCGCUAGCUGCUCGCGGCAGCCACCUAAACCCACAGCUGUUGCUGCACCAACAGCCAUCCAGCGAGACAAAGCUGCCUGCGCUGCCCUUGGCUGGCGCCGCCUCUUACCGGGCCAGCGCGGACGGCUCAGGCUCCUUUGGUGGCAUGCGCCCUCGUGCGCCCGCCCACUCCCUGUUCACGGACACCAAGGAAGAAAUGACAGCGGCAGCCGCAUCGGCGGCGGCGCAACUGCCGGCUCCCGUAGCGGCCCCGCCGGCGGUGGUGUCUUCGCCACUGCCGCUGCUAGGUGUGGAGGGCAAGGGCUGGGCAUUGCGAUCCCCGAGCCGCAAGCAUGCUAUGCAGCCCUCACCGCGCCGCUCCGGCAGCGGCGCGGUGGGCUUCUUUCAAAGCGGCGCGGAGGUGCCGGCGCCGCCGCGCACCGCUGCGGCACCAACUUCCCUGGCGUCGCCCUCAGCUGCGGGCGCCGAGCUGUGGAUGGCGGGGCUGGUGUCACCGCCGCCGGCGCCGCCGCCGGCACCGCCGCUGCGCGGUGGCCGCAGCGGCAAGCACCUCCGCACCAUGGGCGGCGCGCCCGUGUCGCCAUCCGCGUCACCCCACUACACGGGCUUCGGUGUAAACGGCUACAGGUACAGCGGCAGUAGUCAUGCAUUCAGCGCCCAUGGCACCACCACCGCUGCCGCUGCCGCAGCGCCUGACGGCGCCGUCUCCGGCGGCGGGAGCGCCGUCGCCGCCGCCGCGGCAACGGGCAGUAGGUCCGCUGCGGCGUUGCUGGCGGAUGCGCGCGAGCUGCGGCAGCUGAGUCGGGCGGUGAGCUCACGUGUGCUGGGUUCGGCGCUGGCGGCGGCGGACGCAGCGGAGCGGCGGGCUGGGCUGUCGACCUACUCGCUGCCGCCGGCUUCCCUAGGGCCUUGAGCCGGUGUGUGCGGCCUUGAGAAGGGCCGUGCAGGUGGGCCUGUGGGAACGUGGCUGGGGCAUUGAGGCCGGCUGCGGUUAGGGCGUGUCCUAGGGUGCGGUAUUGGAAGGCUUUGCUUGAGGGAGCGGAGACUUGAGCUUUGUUCUGCUGCAAGGCAGGUGAAGCAGGCUGGAGCAGAGCAUGCGUGCGCAUAGGUGGGGCAAAGAAAUGCGGCGGGAUUCGUUUGCCCAAGCCCAGCAAACUGGUCCCCAUUUUCAACAAAGCAGGGGGGUAGCGGUCUAUGGAAGCCAUAGUCACUUGCUCACAUGGGGUUCAGCCAGGACUCGGAAUACGGGUGUGGCUUCAUCUCGAGGUCCGACGGGUUAAGUCGGGUACCAUCGCACGGAUGCUACUUGUUAAGUGCAUUCACACGCAAUCAUACUUAUCAUACAUGCGCGGGUCUACCAAUGCGUCUUCUAGCUGCUAAACGGUUUCCAUCUUUCAAGUACUUGUGUGUGGUGGCAAGCGCCUAUGCUGCGCUCCUCCUCGUCUACGCCGUCCAAUGAAAUGGGGUCUGGGAAAACGCAGUGCUGCCGGCUACGGACGUGCCGGCGUGCGCAGGUAGGGAGGCGCACACGCGCGAUCGAGGGGGCGUGCCUUGUGCUGGCAGGUUGUGGGACAUGUAUAGUAGGCUUCGAAUGUUAUGGUACAUACAAUGCAGGGCGGGGGCAAAUUAUCUCUUGGUACGCCAUGAAAGGCGAGCAAGAGCGAGGGUAAUGACGUGCACAGCGAUACGGCGAUGAGUCAAUCGUGUUGGGCAGGGAUGACGCUACGCACGGAAUGAAACUGUACGGCGUCUUACAUGGCAUCCAUGCAUGUACCGUUUUCCUUUGACGCUACCCACAACAUUCAUAUAAUGCAUGUGCGCUGACGUGGGGGCUGUGACAGCGCGAUUGCCUUUAAACGCGAUGCACCGACAAGUGUUUGGCGGGAGGCAGGCGUGGCGUAGGUGGUGGUGUGGCGUGAAGGUGCGGUGCGGCGAGCGCUCGGCAUGCACCGAAAAGAGGUGCAAAUUGACGGAUGUACAGGCGGCUGCUACAGUGGGAUUCUCGCCUUUGUCAGUCCGGCCGCGCCGCAGCCGGGGGCCGCGGGUGCUGGUACCUGAAUCCCGCGAGGCCGGGUGGUGGUGUCUUGAAGGCUCUGCGUGUUGUGUAUGACAAGGCGCAAGGAUGGGCACGACGCACCUGAUGCGUGACGGGUGCAGCGGCCCGUGUGUGUAGGCGAGGCGAGGCGGUUAAGGUGCUCGUGCGUGCGCGCUUAGCGAGGCAUGUUGCAAGGGGCCUGCCUGGGCCUGCGUUCAGUGCUUGUCACUACGAAUGGGGGAUCACCAGGGGUGUGCCCUAUCUGCUGACGCUUCUGGUGUGCAUGGUACGCCCCAUAUCCGUGCUGUAGAGCUCAUACACGGUAUUGGUGCAAGGCGGAUUGUAUACCAACGGGUGAUAUGUCGCAUGAUGCGCAUGUUCGCAUGAUGGUGUCUGAGUUAGCCUGAGCGCUGCGGUGCUAGUGGCUGUGUCUCAUGGCUGUUAUGGCCGCAGCGGUGGGUGAGACUGCCGGAGAACUGCGGGAUCACAGGACACUCGCAGAUUGCGAUAAGAGGAGAGGGAGCGGUGCCCAGGUGAAGCCGUCCAGGGUAGGUGUGUGGCGGUGUGAGGAGCUGUUCGGGCGGGGCGGAUUCGUUAAUCCUAGCCCUUUUACACCGUUCCGGUCAGGGCAGGUUCCGCGCUGACCUGCCAGGCGCUGUACCAUUUACUGCCAUACUUCCUUGUCCAGGGCCUCACCAGUUCCAUGA